AUGAAGCGCAUCACCGGCCUGGAAUACCUGGACCUUCGCAACUUUGAGGAUAGGGAGCGAAGCUCAUUAGCGACUUCUCAGCCACACCUGGCCACGGAGUUUGAUGACGCCCUGUCGAACCUCGUGAAUCUUCGUGCGCAGAUCUUCCAGGCGCUCCAGAAGCAGGAGCGGCGCAUUGAGGCCGGUGUAGCGCCCUUCAGAGAAGCGAGCCAGGCGAGCCAUGCGGAUGUCAACGGAGUGUCCCGCUCGAAGGACAGUCGCGAGAGCCCUCGCGGCCCAGCGGCGGCUGUGGAGGUGUUGCUCACGCCGCGUGAAGGUGAGCAGGAAGCCUCUGCCGUGGAGGACCUUCAGGGCCUGCCAUGGCGACCCGUCACCAGCCACGUGCACUCAGAGAAUCCCAACGCAUCGCAGGCUUACCAUUUGCCGGAGCUUGCUGCUCACAACGGAGUCAGGCUGUCAUCUUGGAGUGGCCGCCCAGAGAUUAGGAAGGCGGGAAACCUGGCGGCCAGCAUUGUGCAGCACAACCUGUUCGAUUUGUGCGCCUCUCUGAUGAUUAUGGUGAACUCCGUGAUCAUCGCCGUGGAGACGCAGUGGAUGGCGAUGAGCGUCUCCGCGCCGGUGUCCCUUGAGGUGAUGAAUUACGCCUGCUCCUUCUUCUUCCUGGUGGAGCUUAUCCUCCGGAUGCUCGCGUAUGGGCUGAGCUUUUUCAGGCAUCCUGCAAGCAGAGGUUGGAAUAUUUUCGACCUCUGCCUUGUGCUGGUCUCCUUCAUCGACGUGGCAUCCGCAGUCUUCACUCGAGCAUCGCAGGACCCCACCAUGGACGUGCUGCAGGCGGUGAAGAUCCUCAAGAUGCUGCGAAUUGCCCGCAUCUUCCGCGUGUUCCGCUUCUCCCGGGAGUUGUCACUCAUGGCGAUGAUGAUCAUCGACUCCAUGCGUUCGUUGAUGUGGGCACUACUCAUGCUGUUGCUGAUGAUCUUCGUAUUCGCUGUUUGGUUUACGACCAAUGCCACCUUCUACUUGAGAGUCUACGCAGAUGUGUCACGAGAGGACUGGUUCAGCGAUCUGGCCAAUUCCUCUCAUCAGAACGUGGUGGACAUUCAAAAGAACUUCGGCACGCUGCCCGCCACAACUUACAGCCUUCUGCGAUCUAUGCUGGGCGGCAUCAACUGGGGCAUUCUUUGCGACAUGCUGCUGCAAAUGGACACAAUCUCACCCAUGCUAUUCAUUUUCUACGUGCUCUUCACCCUGUUGGCAGUCCUGAACAUUGUAACCGGUGUGUUUGUGGAUAACGCGGUGGUCACAGCGAAGACGCAGAGGGAUUACAUGAUCGAGAAGGAGCGCGAGGUCAAAGAGAAGUACAUCAAAGAGCUGCAACACCUCUUUUGGCACAUGGACGACGAUGAGUCCGGCACACUUACUGCAGAAGAGAUGCAGCAGUUGGUCAAGGAUCCAAAGAUGGCUGCGUACUUCACUGCCAUGGGCUUUGAAGCACACGACUGCGUGCGGCUUUUUACUCUGCUGGACACGGAUGGGUCUGGAACCGUGGACAUUGAGGAGUUUCUGGACGGCUGCUUGAGAUUGAAGGGCUCCGCCCGCAGCAUUGACGUUCACUUUAUCAUGGUUCUUAUUCACCGUUUGCAGAAGCAGCUCAAUGGGUUCGAGCGUGGCCACAGUGUUCAGGGCGCCAGCACGGCGCUGGCCUGUGGGAGGCCUACGGAGCGCAAAGAGCCGAUACCUCUGCCGCAGGAUGCGCAGUCCAUUUAA